CCAUUGACACACGAAAAAAUCGUUCGUUAAGAAUCCCUGCAGUCCACCAUCGUGCGUGACCUUCGAUCAUCCGAAGUUCAUUUCCGUUCCGGGCUUUCACACCGACACACGUUGCACUCUGCAUUCUUUGUUAUUUUUAUAUUAUUUAUAAUUUAUUAAUUUAUCAAUUUUAUCAGAAACCAGUGACGUUUUCAUUCAUGAAUUAUUCAUUUAUUAUGUGACUUGAGUGCGAUUAUUUCAUUCGCGAUUGAACCUUCAAGUGUUAAGUGAUUCGUCCUAGAGUGUAGUUUCUCGGAGGUUUUGACUCGAUGAAAAUCACGCUGUCAGCGGCAAGUGAGCGGGGCAAAGAUCGAGGGUUAAGGAAGGAAAUAUACAGGAAGGUGAACACGAAUUUUCGGCAAGGUCUCAAGUGACAUAAAUCUAGGUAGGAGGACCCUCCAUAUAUACGCUACUGGCAUAAAAACUACGAGAAUCUCUCGGAGGAGAUUAUGUUUGCGUUCGAACGGUGAGGCGCGCACUCGCGCUUUUCUUCGCUUAUCGACUGUGAUAACGGAAUUUCGCGAGUGCCAUCCCUUUCGACAUGCGGAAGCUGCCCACUCUUCGAGGAUUCGUCUGCUACAUUCUUUUCCUCUUCUUCGCCCUCCAACCCCAUCGGGGCCUUGCGGCUACCAUCUUCCGGGAUCAAGAUGGCGAAGAACUACUUCCGGAGAAGCAGACGACCGGAAAUCACCUCCAAACAUUCAUGGACUUGGUUGGAGCAUCGGGAUACACAGCCGAGGAGCACGACGUCACCACCCAGGAUGGAUACAUCCUAUCGAUACACAGAAUACCUGGCGGUCCGAAGUCACCGGUUACUCCCGGGAAACCGGCAGUGGUUCUCAUUCACGGACUUUUCGCGGCUUCAGAUAUCUGGGUGCUGAGAGGACCCGGGAAAGACUUAGCUUAUUUAUUAUGUGAUGAGGGCUACGACGUGUGGUUUCUAAACAUUAGAGGUAACUUCUAUGGCAAACGCCAUAAAAGGCUGUCCACCAAAGAUUCGAAAUUCUGGCGUUUUAGCUGGCAUGAAUUCGGAAUUUAUGAUGCUCCUGCCACCAUUGACUAUGUCUUAAAAAUUACUGGCUUAGGAAAAGUGUCCCUUAUAGGUCACUCUAUGGGAGCCACCAUAGAACUAGUCCUAUUUUCAAUGAAACCAGAGUAUAAUGAUAAAGUGAAUGUCGCUAUUUCAUUUGCACCUGUUGCCAUUUUCACUCACUUGUUACCUGGACUGUUCGGCAAUCUUGGAAUUCGUUAUGGAAAACAGUUGCAGAAAACUUUUCAACUUCUGGGUAUGAAUGAAAUUUUGCCCCGAAAUACUGCUUCAAUCGAGAUUUAUUCAUCACUAUGUGAAGGACCUAGAAUUGAAUACUUUUGCCGGAAAUUCAUGUUUAAUCUCGUAGGUCUUACCAACGCAGAGCAGUUUGACACAUCAAUGAUCCCGAUGAUGCUGCAGCAUUACCCUCAGGGUACUUCGCUCGAAACUCUCCUUCAUUUCAGACAAAAUAUUCUCAGUGGAAAAUUCAGGCAGUAUGAUUUUGGACCAGGACGUAAUUUGGUGCGUUAUAAAAAUGUGAAUCCUCCAGAAUAUAAUUUGACUAAAGUGACGGUACCAGCUGUUUUAUUUUAUGGAUCAAAUGAUGCCUAUACUACUGAGAAGGAUGUGAUGGCACUUCGUGCAAGAUUACCAAAUGCAAUAACUCGAGAAGUACCUUUUGAGAAGUUUAGCCAUCUAGAUUUCCUUUUUUCAAAUUAUUCAAAAAUACUAGUUUACGAUGACGUAAUUAGUGUUCUAAGCAAAUAUAACAUUGACGAGCGCAUCAACGAAACUCAGCCUUAAUUAAAUUAAUUAAUUAAUUGUAAGAAUGUAAAUUUUAUUUGCUAUUAAGUAUAUAUAUAUAU